AUGGACUUAAUAGCAUGCCACCAAAAUUUUUAUAAUAGCACGUCACUUUCUCUCUCCCUCCUCUGCUUACCCAUCAGAAAUGAUCACACCGUGGAUCACGACACGAAUUCCGAUCUUAUUCGUUGCGUGAAUGGGGACCGACCUCUAACUGAUUCCGGAAAAUCUACUGCCAAAGGAGCUAGUUACACUCGUGUAGGAACGCCAGUCAAAACAAGAAGUAGUGUGGAGAAAUCGAAAAAUAGAUCAAUGCGGACCAAAAAGCGGUCAACAAGAUCGCCAGAUCGGGGGCUAUCUAGUGAAAUGGUCGAAAGAAAUAGCACAAACGGAGCAAAUGUUGUCUGCGCUUUGAAGCCUCCAUCAGAAGCGCUUAUGUAUAGACACGUGCAACCUAGCCAUCAUGAUACAACUGGGUCUCAGUCAAGUGUUACCAGCACGGUUGUCAGUGGCUUCUCGCAGCUCCAUCACAAACCGCAUCCAUCCUCAGUUGAAGCAAAGGACUUACCAGUACAGACAAACCAAAUGAGAUCGGGGUGGAUUGCACAGCAGCAACCGCCCAGGGUUGAGGUCAAACCCCGUGGCUCUAUCUCCAGUUUGUCGUGGUAUGGGAGUAAUUCAAUAGCUAAACGGGCCAGCGCAAACUUUGAAAGCAACGCAUUACAAUUGCAGGCAAAUCCAUCAUGUGUCCAACGGUCAACUUUGGACUGUCUGCGAAGACAAAACUCCCGGACUGAAGUUGCUGGUGAAAUAGGACCGAAGUGUGACGAACGAACUCAAAUAGCAAGUGAAAAUCUAUUAAAUCCCGCGCGGUGCACUACAUCUCUGAGCUACGGUAGAAUUAAUGAGAAUGGUUCCUUCAACGCAAACGGAUAUACUAAUCACUGUAUGCAGACCAAAUGUCAAAUCAGUCAGGCGGCCUCUCAAAACGGGGCAAUUGCUCAGAAACGCUACCUCGCCAGUGCGAUGGGAGAUUACGAUCGAGGAGCAGCACCUCGUCGGUUAAAGGAAGUUGGCGGCAAACCAAACUCGCAACUGCUUCAGUCCAACCAGAUGACCUCUAAGGUAACUGAGGGUGGCAGAUACUUUACCGCAAGCAAGGAACGUGCUUCACUGCGAACUCUCUGUGUGAAUGGUGUGGACCGUACUUUCGAAGGGACUUCCAGCGUUCAGGUUGCAAGCACGAACAUGACGUUGCAUAGGUGCAGUGAGCAGUCCACGCACCCAGAAGUAACGAAUGGAAUCACCACACAUCCGAGAGUACAGCAACCCGGUAGUAACAUCGUCAAACAAAGUGCAACUGACAAUCGAAUUUAUGCGAAACCAGUUGAUCACCAUGCUGAGUCUAGCGUAAGCGGAACCUCAGCGUCCCUAAAAUAUGUGAGUCAUCCAAAAGCCCCCACGCCUGUGCAUACGCUCAACACCAUGUCCACAUCGGCUAACGGCUUUUAUGAAUUGAAGCCUGCCCAUGCACUGAGAGCUCAACCUACGAUAAGUCGCUUUCACUCAACGAAGACACUGGGACAAUCCCAACAUGAGUUACAACGUCGUACAGACGUUGUGGAUAGGAACGCCCUCAAUGCUCACAUUAAAACAUUUAAGCCAUUGAAUGAUUACAACUAUGUGCAGGGCAAGACGAGAACAAGUACAGAGCAAGCGACUAACUGCAGAAAUUACCUGGUGCGCAGUCCCAUCAAGCAACGGGUGGACGAACCGCAUCAAGCCACUACGGUCGGCUGGAGUGGGAUGAACUUUGUGCCAACCCGGUCGGUUUUUAAGGAAAGCGACUCGGGCAAGGUAUUAGAAAAACCCCCCAUCAAAACAAAGUCAAGCAUGAACCCUGCAUUUCUCAAUCCACCUCAAUCUUCAUAUCUAAAUCCUACAAAAAUGACUUACACUCAAGAAUCUCAUCCAUGGAAGUUGGAACGUGCAUCUCCGGAAAAACACUGCAUCCGACCAAUAAGGAAUUCUGAUAGCUAUGCUCCAACAAUCGCAGGACCAGUUGAAAUCCCGUUGCGGUGUUCCCGGAGUCUACUAGGUGGACCUACACAACAUGGUUACCGUCAAUCGCUGGGUUCGGUGAAGUCAUCAAAUCUCAGUCUCCACCGAAGCAAAAUAGGCAUUGAUCGAGAACCCACACCAGCGAACUUGUAAUAAUAAGAAUACGACUCGUUAUAAUGUUCAACCAUUUUUGGUUCUUAGAAGAGGUUAAGUUGGAUAAGAGAGUUUUGACUAUGUACAGAAAGAAGAUCAAUAUGAUUUGAAAUCUUCGAGACGUUAAAUGUAUUCGUUUUAUGCUGUCUUUUGCGGAAAUGUAAGUUUUACAACUGCUUUAAAUGCAAUCAUUCUCCGAUUUUAUUAACUAACUACAAAUUGUUUUAUACACAAAGCAUAUUAGCUUUGUACUUUUCUCAGCAUCUCAAUAUUAGAAGGCAACCUCACAAG